GAAGUUGGAGAAGGAGUCAGAUUUGUAUUUCCGCGUCUGGAUAGCAACGCAAUAACCAAAAAGUUAAGGGGAAGAAAUAAUAAAUGUGUAAAAGGUUGAAGUUGCAGAAAGGGAGGCCUGCAAAUCUCUACAAUUUCGAGGUUUCGCUCCUCUCUCCCCGAUUAUAAACCCAGCGCGACUUCAUAUAAGUCGCGAGUCAAGAGCUUUAUACCCCCCUACCCCUGGGUUUAUAGAAUAUCCAAGUUGUUGAAUUGAAUUGAGUUGCAGACUUACACUGCACCGUCAUAUCAAACAUGAAUAUCUUCUCCAAGAAGCCUUCGCCUAAAGAGGUGCUUCGAGACAGUAAACGAGAAAUGACCCAUGCUACCAGAGGCAUAGAGAAGGAAAUUUCUGCUUUGCAGUUGGAGGAAAAGAAGCUUGUUGCUGAGAUAAAGAGAACUGCUAAAUCUGGAAAUGAGGCAGCAACUAAGAUUCUAGCACGUCAGCUAGUCAGGCUAAGGCAGCAAAUUGCUAACCUGCAAGGAAGUCGAGCUCAGAUGAGAGGCAUAGCAACUCAUACUCAGGCAAUACACGCCCAAACUUCGGUUGCUGCAGGCAUGAAAGGUGCCACUAAAGCCAUGACAGCUAUGAACAAGCAAAUGGCUCCAGCAAAACAGGCGAAGGUUAUUCAAGAUUUCCAGAAGCAAUCAGCACAAAUGGAUAUGAUUACGGAAAUGAUGUCAGAUGCCAUAGAUGAUGCUUUGGAUGAUGAUGAAGCUGAAGAGGAAACCGAUGAGUUGACAAAUCAGGUCCUUGAUGAAAUUGGUGUUGACGUUGCUUCACAGUUAUCGGCAGCUCCAAAAGGAAAAAUUGCUGGGAAAAAGGUCGAGGAGAGUAGCUCCGGAAUGAAUGAACUCGAGAAGAGAUUGGCUGCCCUUAGAAAUCCUUAAGGUCAAUGCCUCCUUUGUUUCCAAUUGUGUCUUCUCAUUUUAUUUCUGUGAUGAGUGAUGACAUCAAGUUUACUGUAAUUCAAUGUACAUGACUUUUCUCUAUUAAGAAUUAUGAUAUGUUGGGAGUUUGGUUUUAAGAUCCUCAAAUGAAUCACUUGAUACUCUUUA